AUGCACGAGUGUUUGCCGGCUGAGAAUGGGUACCGGGGCACCGUCCCUCUGCCCCUCGGGAAGCCACCUCUCGGGCCAAAAGCGGAGCGGCUCGGGCCAGUACUUUUCGUUGCGGUGCAGGUCCCUGUAGCUGGCCGAGACGACGGUGUGGGGCGGCAAGUGGUAGCCCAUGAUGGUGACCCAGUCCUUGCCGGUGCGGCGGCCCAUCUCGGAGGCGAUGGGGUGCAGGCGCAAGUUCUCCUUGAUGCAGGCCUCGAGGUACCAGUACUGGGCGUCGUCGUUGCGGAUGGCCUUGCUGGCGACGACCUCGUCGGCGAUGGUGCGGGCGGGCAGCGACGCCAGCAGCUUGGCGCGCACGUCCGGGUUGCGCGCCAGCUCCAGGAACAGGCAGGCGAGGGUGCCCGACGUGGUUUCGGAGCCGGCCAGCAAGAUCUCGGCCAUCUGGUCCACGAUGUCGCGCGUGCUCAUGGCCGUGCCGCUGUCGGGCUUCCUGCCCUCCUCGAUCAGGUGCUGCAGCAGGUCGCGCCGGCGGCUGGGCUGGUGGUGGUCGCCGCGUCUGUCGCCGGCGGCGGGCUCGUCGCGGUACGCCUCCUCGGUGGCCUUUUCGCCGGCCGUGAGCGCGUUGGUGCGCCGGCGCUGCACCACGGCAUCGAUGGCCGUGAUCAUCUCGGCCGGCCAGUCAAAGUUGAUGUCGAGGCCGAACAUGCGCAGGAACUUUUUGACGUAGACCAUCUGGUAGCGCUUCGAGAGCCCGUCGAAGAUGGAGCGCGGGAUCGACUUCCACACUUUUUCGUCCACGCCCUCCUCGACCACCGUGGUCUUGGGCGCCACGUUGUGGAGGUCGUCCAUCAAAUCGACCUCGAUGCCGUUGAACUUGGCCGAGUCGGCAUCGGCGGCAAUCUGGUUCUCGUACUUGUUGAGCAGCUGACGCAUCGUCUUUUGGAAGUACUUUUCGAGGUUGUCAAUGUCGACCUUGACCAGAAUCUCCUUGAGCGCGUCCUUGUCGGCGACCCAGACCUGUCGAGGCCCCAGGCGGACGAUGGAGCCGUACUUCCUGUGGCUUCUCUCGACGAGCUUCCAGAUCUCGCCCGUGCUAAAGCCCCAACGGAGGUGCAUGGUCGUCAGGGGAGCGUACCACGGGCCCGGAAUGUGACUAAGUGGGGAACGGUAGGCCUUCAAGAUGCUGCGCAUCUGAAGGAUGGUGACGGCCAUUACGGCCAAGCCGAGGACUACGGGCAAGAGAGCCAUGUUGAGGUUCUGGCCAAGUGA